AUGGCUGUGCUCGUGAACAUUAUCCUUCUCGUGGCAUGCCUUUGGCACCUCCUUCGCAAUCAGGGCACGCAAUAUGGAAAGCCAGUCGUUCCAGCGGGUCAAGACCCCAAGGAGUUUGCCGUCUCAGAGCUCCAGGCAGCUUUCGAUGCCAAGAAUGCACCCCGCUAUGCAGGUGCCUUAGAGCUGGCCUUGGAAGUGAAUGUCGACCCCGACAAGAUUCCUUGCGUCUACAGCUUGCAAAAGCAACCUGAGACAUUCAAAAUCCCUGUUGUCCAGAGAGGCUCCAGUGUAAUCACAGCUCAGCUGUGCUUCAUUCUGGAUUAUACGGGAAGCAUGAAAGAGCAGAUCAAUCAGGCUGAGAAAAGUUGCCGAAGCAUCGUGGAGGCCGUGAAGGCCAUGAAGUUCAGCCACAUGCCCGAGGCGUCCGUCGACUUGGAGAUGGCGGCAGUCGGCUACAACGACUGGGAUGACAAGACUGCGAGCUUGGGGAGGCCUGUCGUUUCUGUCUAUGGUGGCAAUGAGAUUAAGAAACGGCAUGACCCCAACAUUGGUCUGGAUGAGUUUAACCUCGGUGGCAAGUUCACGAAGGACACCGAUGACAUCAUGAAGUGGAUUAAGCAACCGCUGGGAAGUGGUGGCUCCAUUCCUGAAGAGUUGACAGGCGCCUUGAUUGCUGCCAGCCACCUUCCGUGGAGUGCCAAGGAGCGCUUGGCAGUAGUGAUUACUGACGCUCCAUGCCACGGCAAGGCCUACAGCAACGACAGCCAUGACCCUUUCUGCGACAAGGAGACGGGCCUUACGUGCACAGGGAAGCCAGAAGUGCCUUUGUUGAAGCUGCAGGAGCAGAACGUUCAGGUUGUCAUCUUGCACACUGGAAACGCAGGUGCAGUGAAGAUGUGCCAGAAGCUCUUGCAGACUUCGCCCACCUUGAUCCAAGAGAAGGUGUCCCCUUCGGAAACUGCAGACCGCCUCGUGAAUGCCAUGAACACCAAACUUGAUUUGAGUCCCUUGACCUACCUCAUGAAGCCUUUCACACGUGAGGGCUUGAAAGAGGUGGCAUUCAACCAUGAGGUGGAGCUGAAGGUGGGGGGUGAGACUACGAAGCAUCGAGUGGGAUCUGAUGGCUUGAUUUGGUUGGGGAAGCCUUCCUCCGCGCCCGUGAUGACCAUUUCUCGUCCCGGCAAUGCGGGCUUGGACGAAUGGUGGGAGGCACAGACUGCGGGGCAGGAGUUGUCGCGCAGCUUCGACGUGGACCAGGUUUACAAGCUCACGAUGCCCUGCAAAAAGCGGGAGCAGGGCGACAGCAUGGUCUAA